UUCAAAUGGCGAAGAUUUCCUCUGUUCUGCUGCUGAUGCUGUUUUUGGCUGUGGGUUUAUCAGAGAAUGGAUCGAUGGGUGCCGGGGUAUUCAGGGAAUACAUAGGCGCACAAUUCAACGGCGUUAAGUUCUCGGAUUUGCCAAUCAUUCCCGGCACGCAUGUUGACUUCAUUCUAUCCUUCGCCAUCGACUAUACCCCGUCGGGAAGUUCUCCCACAAACGGAAUAUUCAAUAUUUUCUGGGAUACCGGCAAUCUGAGCCCGAGCGCUGUGCAGGCAAUCAAAUCCAAAAAUAAGAACGUCAGAGUUGCUCUCAGUUUAGGCGGCGACAGCGUGGGUAAAACCCACGUCCAGUUCAAUCCAUCCUCUGUGUCGACGUGGGUGAAGAAUGCAGUUUCUUCUCUCACUAAGAUUAUCAAGCAAUACCACCUUGAUGGCAUCGACAUCGAUUAUGAGCAUUUCGACGUUUCAGAUCCCAGUACAUUUGCCUCCUGUAUUGGGCAGCUCAUCACUCAACUAAAGCAGAAGAAAGUUAUCUCGUUUGCCUCCAUCGCUCCGUUCGACGAUCCAAAAGUGCAGUCCCAUUACAGUGCCCUGUGGAACAAGUACGGCAAAUCGAUCGACUACGUGAAUUUCCAAUUCUACGCUUACGAUUCGAGUACCACCGUCCCGCAGUUUAUCAACUAUUUCAACGCUCAGGAGAAACGCUACAGCGUGGGAAAAGUGUUGCCUAGCUUUACUAGCGACGGCAGCGGAGGGCUGUCCCCUGCCAAGGGUUUCUUCGAUGCCUGCACGACACUCAAGAAGUCCGGCAAGCUCCAUGGCAUCUUUGUGUGGAAUGCAGAUACUUCAAAGUCCAAUGGCUUCAAGUAUGAAAAACAAGCUCAGGCUCUCCUCCACUGAUCCUUUUUUUAUGAGGGGCCUUCAAUUGCACUUCUCAUUCUAACCUUGUGUUGUACUACUUCUUAAAUAAUAAAUGGAAAA